AAGCAUUUCUUUUAUAUAUUUAUUCUAUGUCCCGAGAGUCGGACUGUCAAUUUGUCAAUUUGUUUAAUUUGUCAAUAGGGUAGUACUAAAUAGUUUUGCGCAUAUUGUAAUUGAAUUUUUAAUAUUUAUUGUUGGCUAAAAAUCCGAGAUGUUUUCAUAUUACGUUACUGAUUUGAAGCGGAUAUACUAAAGUCUUAUUUUCUCAUCAACUGAUAAAGCUGUAGUCAACAGAUGAAAAUGCCUCUUAUAGAGGGUGUUGGUGAUGAGGUGGUGCAGUUUGCUGUUGUGGUUUUGGUUGUGGUGGUGGCCAUGCUAGCCUGGUGGUCGACUAACGCAAGACCUAAUAGAUACCGGACCGUACUGGUUAUGAGAUCCCGUGCCCAUCCUGUCACUGUUAAUAUGUUGUCACGAACUAACGUAACCACGUCUCAGAACACCAAUCAGGCGUCGACAUCUACAGCUGUAGUGGCAGGUAACGUCAGUUCGAACAGUGUUACCAGAGACAAUAGAGUUAUACCACUACAGGAAAUGGACAGCAUUGUUGACGCUGAUAUGGCCAUGUUGGAUAACCAUCGGCUACACUUUUACCGCAGAAUACAUUCUCCACCGAGUAAUCAGACAACGUCCGAAAACCGUAGUGAAGAAAACGAAAGCCUCGAAGAACCGGAACCAGCGAGCAGCGAUCAGAUAAGAGAAAUGAACAGUAUCGUCAGCGCUAUGGAGGCUGACGCGCCUCCAGGAUGCACAUGUUACAGACGGAACGGUGGGGCAACACUAGUAUUAUUCUGGGAUCGGUACAUUAAACCAAAUGCCAAUAAAGAAGGACCUAAGAAGGAAGAUAAUGAAAAUAUUGAACCGACAUCUGGCAAUGGUGAACAGGAAACUGCUGGGACCUCAGUUGAUGACACUCCAGGUGAAAGCAGAAUAUUGAUCAAGCUGAAAUAUCUGAAUGAUACAUUGAAAGAAGUCGAGGGUAGUCUUGACGAGCCCCUGAAGGACUUUAAGAGACGUCAUUUCGCUGAGGAGUUGUGUUCAGAGCGCGUCGUUCGUCUGAUCUUCCGAGGGCGUGUGUUGGGUGACGAGGCCGCCACGCUGCGUGCUUGUGGUCUUCAUCACCGGGCCGUGGUCCACUGCCUCGUACAUCCAAAGAGACAGAGACCAGCGCAGCAAACGUCUAACCCUACAUCAGUGGAGGGUCAAAGUGUGGGCUCGGAGGCUGCCCCGGAACGUUCUUGGGAUUUGGAGAACAUUCUAAUGACGCUCGUCUCCAUUGCUCUUACUAUCGUAUGGUUUUUCAGGUGCGAGUAUUCGAACAUGUUCACUGCCAGCGCCAGCGUCGCUUUAUUCGGUCUGACGGUGUUUUACAGUGUUGCUAUAUUCGGUCUUUAUUUAUCCGAUUCAUUCUAUUUCGAACGACGUCCCGCGCAGCCAGUAGCGAACAACUGAAUUUAAAUUUUAGUAUCCCUAAGAAAAUUAUAUUAUGUUAUACCAUGGGCUAAAAUUACUUUCAAUAUUUUUUUUUGUAAUGUGAAAGAUUUUUAACGUAAUUCAAUAUAUAUAAUCUGCCCCAAUAACAUACUUAAUGUCGCUUUCAUAGCUUUAUGUAAAUGUCUUAAAAGAUCUUGUGAUAGAUGUAAUUUCCGGAUGUAAUACUACAAUAUUAAACAUAUAUUAGUAUAUUGAAAUGUGAAUAGUAUAAUAGUUUAUAUAGAAUUAAAUGUAAAAAUAAUGUACAACAUAAUAUCCGUUUCCGAACAAGCACAAAGUUCUCAAUUUAAUUAUUUUCAUUUGUUACAAAAUGGCGUCCAAAUAACCAUCUUGCAACAUUAGCUUGGAGACUUAUUUUUUUAUUAAGAAUAAUAGGUGUUCUUAUCUGUUACUUGCCGGCAAAACCGGGUCGCUUUUAUAAUAUCGAAAAAAUUUGUGUUAGAUUGAAUGUAAAUACUAUUACGUUAAUAUUUUUAUUUUAUUUUUUAAAUAAUGGUUAGGGUAAACUUACUCUGUUUUAUACCUUGUAUCUAUUGAUUCAUAAAUAGUUAAAAAUUGAUAGUUCAUGUUUAUUUCAGCUUAACUUUUUAUCGUUAUUUAUUUUAUAAGGUUGUAAUGAAAUAAAUUGAAAAUUUUUGA